AUGAUGGAAGCUGUAAACAAUGGAGCAGAUAUCUUCACUGAGGACCAGCAAGAAAUUAUCAAGCAAUUUGGCAGGAUCAAAUCCGAGACUGUUCCUGAGAACAAGGAUGCAGGGUCUGAUGACGACGACGAUGAUGAUGAAGACGAGGAUGAUGAAACUGGUGAUGCUGAUGAUGAUGAUGCUGAUGCUGGGGAGGACUUCUCGGGUGAAGAAGGUGAGGACGAUGACGAGGACGAGGACCCUGAGGCGAACGGCGAUGACGCUGGUGCGGGGAGCGACGAUGAUGAUGGUGAUGAUGACGAUGAUGAUGGUGAAGAUGGCGAGGACGACGAUGAUGAUGACGAGGACGACGAUGAGGAGGAUGAGGAAGAUGAGGACCAGCCGCCGGCCAAGAAGAAGAAAUGA